AAUUUUGUGUCAAUUCUUCCUUGUACUUCGUGAAAUGAAUGGAACUGUGUAGAAAACUAUAGUAUUGAAAUAUUAUAUGUAAACUAUAAAGGAUAACAUCUAAGUGUUCAAACUUGAACUACUGGAUGGCUAAUGUUAUUGAUAGGAAUGAAGUUCUGAAGAAUAGAUAUUCCGAUAUUUUACUCAGUCACACAUUCUUAAUUCUCAUUGGAACAGUAAUAGGGGUGCUAGGAAAUGGUGCCACCAUUUUUGUGUACUCCUGUCGGAUUAAGGAACGAGGAGAACGCUAUUUCAUUCCUUUAUUAGCACUCGUGGAUCUUACUGCCUGUUUAACUAUUUCGACAAAUUAUGCUAUGAAUGGUUAUACAUAUUUUUACGAUUAUUCAAGUAACAUCGUUUGUUGUGUCACUACAUUCUUGCAGGUGUUUGCUUCCGGACUGUCGGCUCAUAUUCUCCUUAUCAUAAGUAUUCAAAGGUACCAUUUAGUAUGCAAACCGUUCGGUCCAAAGAUGACAUUGUUCCGGAAAAGAGUUUCGCUUGCUGUUGCAUGUUUAUUUACAUUGGUGUAUUCUUGUCCACUGUUAGGUUUAUCAGGAACGGUUACAACCGAAAACGUUCUUCUGAAUCAUACAAUUAAUACAACGACAUGUAGAUUGUCCACAGUAGACGCAAUACCAAUUACUAUCUACUUUGGAGUUUUUGCUCUGAUAAUAUUGUGUAAUCUUGUUCUCACCACAGUCCUUUGCAUACCAGUCUUCAAAAAGAUUAAAAUUACCUUUCUAGAUAAAUCAAAAAACCAACGUUUAGCCACUAAAAAGAAGCAAAACAUGUCCAGUCAAGAAGUUUUGGAAACAAGUUUGAAAAAGACAUAUGCAUCCGCUAUUGAGUUAAAUUCAGAUAUUAAAGAUACAGCUAAAAGUAAAUCAUCCGGAAAGAGUGAAUUCCGGAAUAUUGCCUCGAAUCUAGAACUCGCACAUGAUUCUCCCAUGUAUGCAGUGCAAUCUUCUAAGAACGAUAAUUCAAGAACUGAAUUAGAAGAAAACGAAAAAAGCUUAAAGGAGUCUUCCAAAUCAAGGAGUAGUUCAGUAAAAGCAAGAACAAGAACUAUGUUUUUCGUUAUAAUAUUUGUCUACGUUAUCUCUUAUAUUCCUACGGUUGUCUGUUUGAUACUUAGAUACACAAUUGAGAAUAUUAACGAAAUAACUUUUUCGAAGGGAGAAACAUUUGCUUGGUUUUAUAUAGGACGGUUAUUUAUUGUUAAUCACAUUGUAAAUCCUUUUAUUUAUUGUUAUUUUGAUGUGAAAUUGAAAAGGGAAUUAAGACAGUGGUGUACACACCAGUCAAAUGUACAGAAUUAAUAGUACUAGUUGUUUUGAGAUGAAAAACUCACAGAUACAUUAGAUUUACUUCAUUUUAAAUAUAUAUCAGUUUGUAUUGUCAAAAGAGAUGGUAGUGAUGACGACGAUUAUGAUGA